UUUACCAACACGCUCCUGUCACUCGAUCUCGCACAUGUGCUUCGUUUACGACGAAAGUGUGUACGAAACGGUCGCGUUUUCUCGAUUAUUCUAUGUAAAAUAGUGUUCUGAUCGUAAAUACUGUACCAUGGUUAAGAAAAACAAGCUAAAGGCUCCAACGGUAGUUAACAAGAACGUGAAAAAUGGACAUGCUUCAGUAGAAGACUUGGAUGAUAACUAUGUGGCCGAAGAAACUGCACCCAAAGGCAAGCACGCGUUGAAGAAAAAGAAAAAUGCUGUCCAACAGGAGAAGGCGGACAGCGAGGAAGUUGGUCGUGGUGUAAAACGACCGAAAGAUGAGUCGGAAAGUGAGGGCGAGGGUUCGGAUAAUGACGAGCAGGAAGAGCAAGAGGAGGAGGAAGCGAGCGAUAAUAACACCCAACCGGAGAACGGAACAGAAACAGCCGAACCGCAAAUCGCCAACAGUGCGUACGAGAUUCUGCUAGGCAAUCAAGAGUUCAAAUCGCUCGUCGGUAAAGUGUCGGACAACACGAUAAAGGCCAUCGGCGAUAUGGGCUUCACCAAGAUGACGGAAAUUCAGGCCAAAUCUAUCCCGCCGCUGCUGGAGGGUAGAGAUUUGGUCGGAUCGGCCAAAACUGGAAGUGGUAAAACGUUGGCCUUUCUGAUUCCCGCGGUAGAGUUGAUUCAUAAGCUUCGGUUUAAACCCCGCAACGGGGCGGGCGUUAUAAUCAUUUCGCCGACGCGUGAACUGGCCAUGCAAAUCUUCGGUGUGCUGAAGGAACUGAUGGCGUACCACUGCCAGACGUACGGUCUGCUGAUGGGAGGAGCGAGCCGUCACACGGAAAAUGAAAAGCUGGAAAAGGGUAUCAACAUUAUCGUGGCAACACCAGGCCGUUUGUUGGAUCACCUUAAGACGACACCGAACUUCCUGUUCAAAAAUCUGCAGUGCUUGAUCAUCGAUGAGUGUGAUCGCAUUCUGGAGAUUGGAUUCGAGGAGGACCUGAAACAGAUCAUUAGCAUUUUGCCCAAAAAACGGCAAACGGUUCUAUUCUCGGCUACACAAUCAUCCCGCAUGGAUGAGCUGGGAAAGCUGGCCCUGAAGGCGGAACCGAUUUACGUCGGGGUGGAUGAUAACAAGAAGGAGGCCACCGUUACGGGGCUGGAGCAAGGCUACAUUGUGUGUCCGUCGGAGCGGCGUCUGCUCGUGCUGUUUACCUUCUUGAAGAAAAACCGCAAGAAGAAGGUGAUGGUGUUCUUUUCAUCCUGUCUGUCGGUAAAGUUCCAUCACGAACUGUUCAACUAUAUCGAUCUGCCGGUGAUGUCGAUUCAUGGCAAACAAAAGCAAGCGAAACGUACCUCGGUUUUCUUCCAGUUCUGUAACGCAGAAACGGGCAUUCUGCUCUGCACGGACGUCGCCGCACGUGGGCUCGAUAUUCCGGCCGUCGAUUGGAUCGUACAGUACGAUCCACCGAACGAUACGAAGGAAUACAUUCACCGUGUGGGUCGUACGGCUCGAGGGGAGGACCUUUGCGGCCAUGCGCUGCUGAUGCUCCGCCCGGAGGAACUUGGCUUCCUGAAGUAUCUGAAGCAGGCGAAGGUGCCGCUGAACGAGUUUGAAUUUUCUUGGAGCAAAAUAGCGGACAUUCAGCUGCAGCUGGAGAAUCUGCUGGCGAAGAACUAUUUUCUUAAUCAGUCCGGCAAGCUAGCCUUCAAGACGUACGUGCGCGCGUACGAAGGGCACCACAUGAAGGACGUGUUCAACGUCGGCAACCUGGACCUGGUGCAGGUGGCCAAAAACUUUGGCUUCACUCAACCACCGUACGUCGAUUUUGGCAAGAGCUUCAAGAUACACAACUCCGAACGGAGACCGGGCAGCCGUGGGUUGGGACAUUUCAAAACGCUCAACAAGGAGAAGAAGGAUAAGCUGAACAUUAAGCACAUUACCGACAGGAAGCAGUUGAAGAAGGUUAAGUACGAAUGAGCGAAAGUAGCGUCAAAUAAAGGAUUAUUUUUAUUGAUCGGUUCCCACCCAACAGGGGAACAAAACUAUAA